AUUCGUCAUAUUUUGUGAUUCGAAAUUUUAAGAAUGAACAUAUAUUAACCAAUUGGCGAAAAAUAUGUGGGUUCAACGUCCCGCAACGACUAAAAUAUUUUGACAAUGAUUCAUAAACAUAUUAUAAAUAAGAUCAAUAUUAAUAAAGUAAAUAGUUUUUUUUUUUGGACGGGUUUGGCAGGACGGGUUUGACAGAACGUUACUUAGUAACAAUGGUAAACUAUAAAAUAAUUUACAGAUUUUUAUAUAUAUUAAUUUUAAAAAAUGAAUUGUCUCCGCGGUGUACCGCGGAUUAAAAUCUAGUGUUACAUAAUUAUCAAAGGAAAUUAAAGAAACACAUGCAUUAUCAUCGUAUGAUUUAUGUUGGUGAUAAAUAGGUGGGGCAGAAAGGAGGAACGGGACCAGGACCUAGAAGUUCACACGGCAUAGCCGCGGUCGGAGACAAGCUCUACAGUUUCGGCGGCGAGUUAACACCAAACAAACACAUCGACAAAGACCUCUACGUCUUUGACUUCAACACUCAAACUUGGUCAAUCGCUCAACCCAAAGGAGACGCCCCAACUGUAUCCUGCUUAGGCGUGCGCAUGGUGGCCGUGGGAACUAAGAUCUAUAUCUUUGGAGGCCGCGAUGAGAACCGCAACUUCGAAAACUUUCGCUCCUACGAUACGGUGACAUCCGAGUGGACAUUCCUGACGAAGCUUGAUGAGGUGGGAGGACCCGAGGCUCGUACUUUCCAUUCGAUGGCUUCGGAUGAAAACCAUGUGUAUGUAUUCGGUGGGGUGAGCAAAGGCGGUACUAUGAAUACUCCCACGCGGUUCAGGACAAUCGAGGCGUAUAACAUUGCUGAUGGGAAAUGGGCUCAGCUACCGGAUCCAGGAGAUAACUUCGAGAAAAGAGGAGGAGCGGGAUUCGCUGUGGUACAAGGGAAGAUUUGGGUGGUUUAUGGGUUUGCGACCUCGAUUGUGCCCGGAGGCAAAGAUGACUAUGAGUCUAAUGCUGUGCAAUUCUAUGAUCCGGCUUCCAAAAAGUGGACCGAAGUAGAGACUACAGGAGCGAAACCUUCCGCAAGGAGCGUGUUUGCCCAUGCGGUAGUGGGAAAGUAUAUAAUAAUAUUUGCAGGUGAGGUAUGGCCUGAUCUCAAUGGGCAUUAUGGUCCCGGGACGCUGUCCAAUGAGGGAUAUGCGUUGGACACCGAGACACUGGUGUGGGAAAAGUUGGGAGAAGAAGGUGCACCAGCCAUACCACGAGGUUGGACUGCCUAUACUGCUGCCACUGUCGAUGGAAAGAAUGGCCUCCUCAUGCAUGGCGGAAAGCUUCCGACCAACGAGCGAACUGAUGAUCUCUACUUCUAUGCGGUCAAUUCAGCUUAAUGCGUGUCAAGAUUUGUGUUGUGUGUGUGGCUCGUUAAUAUUUAUUACUAUCCAAUAAGGAGCCCUAAUGGUUUGCUGUAUUAUUACAAAUUAUCUGUGUGUGGGACUCGUCGAGCUUUUUUACUCUAAUGAGGCCUACUCAUGGUUGUGUGAGUGGUUCCUUAAGUAUCAUUGUCCAAUAAGGAGCCAAUUUAUUUAUGGCUGGCUGUUUUAUUACAAAUUAUGUGUAUGUGUUAAUAAUUAAAGAUUGAAUUAUCUAC